AGCCACCUGUCAUGUUUUCACCGGCUGGUGUACAGACUUUAACAGUGUUGUGGCCGCACCAUUCAGAGGCGAAGAUAUUUCUGAUGUAUCACUAAUGAAGAUAUCGCUACAUUAAGGUUAAAGUCAAAUUUACUCACAUCAGAGGAUCAUGGACUACCAAUCGUCUACAUUUGGGAGCGUAACAGAGACGUCCAUGCACACAGAUGACAUCAGCCAACAAAAUAGAGUGUCAACCCUAGUUACCAGUCCAGUGGUAAUGUUACUGAGAAAGAACACAGAGAAGGCUGGAUCCCGACCAGACUGGUUGCUGUACACUGUGCCUGCUCUUGCUUUUGUACUAGGAAUAGUUUUGUUUCUUUUUGUCUACAAAGUCCAUAAGAGGACAGGUGCAUAUUACCACAGGGACCUGAAAGAGUUUUCUUCCGUUAGACAAGCAGAAAGCGAUGAUUCGGGACCAACGUAUUUAAACAAAGCCGACACGCCGUCAUAUGAAAAUGUAUUAGCAGCUAUUUACAACAACCAAGACGAGGUGUGUUACUACGUACCUGAGGAUGAGGACUACGUCAUCCCAGAUGAUGACGAGGGGCCAGAGGAGAUGUCACCUCAGACUCAUCUAGACUGCCUCGACCUACCAGACACUCUCACUGGUGGAGAGUCUUAUGAGAACAUGGAGGGCCUCUAUGCUCAGCCACGCAAAACGCAAAACAGGAGCCAGGAGGAUGAUGAUUAUGUUGAUCCUGAUACAGAGGAGAGCCCAGGAGGGUUACAUGUGCCACAGGAGCAAACUGACACAGAUUCAUACGAAAACAUGGAGCAACAUUUUGCAGCCCAUUUGAAUGGCAGUGACGACUACAUCAGUCCAGAUGGUGAUGAGGGGGAUGGUUCCAGGCUAAGACACCAUACUCAGGACAGUGGAGAUUGCGGCAAUGAUUCCUAUGUGAGUAUGGAAAACAUGUUGGCAAAAGAUGAGGAUGAGGAGUGGGAUUAAGGAUUUUACUUUGGUCCCUGUUCCACACGUCUCUUUACAUGAUCCGUCAGCUCUUUCAACUGUCAGCAACAUUGACAUGGGACUACAGGGUGUGGACUGAAAGCAGAAUUCCCAUUCAAACUACAGGGACCAUGUGGUGCCCUUCCCCAUUUCAACUUGAUAAAAAUCAGUGAAAACUACAAACAUAUUGAAGGUUGUAAAACUGGUAACUUGCUAGUGAAAAUGUGUAUACCGAUACACACAAUAUCGGCUGUAAAUAUAAUAUGAAGCUUAAGUGUUUUUUUUUUUUAAACCAAUAAAUACUCUUUACCAAAGCGAUUUUAUUUGAUGUUAUUGUGGAGACAGUAAUGUUUGUGACCAUGCUAUGCUAUUAGGAAAUCAGACUCCAUAUUAGCUGUCCAAAAUCAGCACAACAUCUUCAUGUGAAAUUGGACAGCAGUUCAUUUCCUCGUGCCAGAAUGUUGAAGAUGUGCGAAGACUACUAACAAGUUGUGGAGAUCCCGGAUGCUGGCAAGUGACUGACCACUGUUAGCGUGCCCUAAGAAACGGCCAUACCCACAUAGUGCACCUGGGGCAAAUCAUUUUUCAUCAUUACACAUCAUCAUAAAAUCAAU